AUGGCGGAUCGAUACAAUUCACCAUACCAUCACUUGGGAAAUCCAUAUCCGGAGUGGGUCGAGUUUUAUACCAAACAGCCCGAUCGAGUGCCCCAGUUGGUUGGCUCGCCCAAGGAGAUGCGAGAUGUAAUGCAAUUCUUGAAAGCAAAGGCAACGAGUAUGGUGCCGCCAAUGGAAGAUGGCAUUACUGUACAGAAUCUCUCCUAUCCUGCCGCCGAUGGCGCCCAAAUACCCCUUAGGCUGUACACACCUUCUGGAAGAACCAAUCCCGGCCCGGCCAUUGUUUAUAUCCACGGCGGCGGCUGGACGCUCGGAGAUCUUGAAGGAGAAGAUCUGUCUUGUCGCUCAAUGUGUCUGCAUGCCGACUGCGUGGUGGUGAGCAUGGACUAUCGGCUUGCACCUGAACACCAGUUUCCAAUUGGUCUUGAGGACGUCUGGGCCGCCGUUACCAUCGAAAACGCCGCGCAUAUUCUUGUGGACGUGAACUGUCUAAUUAUUGGCGGUUCAAGUUCUGGCGGCAACAUGGCUGCCGUGUUAGCUCACAGGGCCCGGGAUCGUGGGAUCUGUCUCAAAGGUCAAAUACUUCGCAUUCCAUCAGUCUGUCACAUUGAUGUUUAUCCUCCAAACCUCAACCUUUGGAGCAUGGAAGAACUAAAAGAUGCUCCUCUCUUGUCCAAAAGAUCCAUGGAGCUUUUUUGGAGCUAUUAUAACCCUUCCAAUCCGGCCAAUCCGGACGCUUCACCUCUCUUGCGGGAAAGCUUUGCGGGACUCGCCCCGGCUUAUGUGCAGAUUGCCGGUAUGGAUCCGCUCCGUGAUGAAGGUCUCGCAUACGUCGACAAAUUGCAGCAGGCCAAUGUUCAAGUCAAGUUGGAUGUCUAUCCGGGCUUUCCUCAUGCUUUUGGCUACUUCCCAGAGCUUCCAUCGGCAAGAACACUGGAGAGAGAUCUUCUCAAAGCCAUCAGAGAGAUGAUUGAUCGUGAAACCUGA